AUGUACACUGAUCAUCAGGGCACUGAUGAUCAGUGUGACCUGAUGAUCAGUGUGGCCCCAGAAGUGCCACCUGUCAGUGUCCAUCAGUGCCACAUAGUGCCUACCAGUGCACAUCAAUGCCACAUAUCAGUGCCCAUCUGAGCUGCCUUUCAGUGUCACCCAUCAGUGCCAUCAGUGCUGCCUAUCAGUGCACAUCAGUGCCACCUAACAGUGCCAAUCAGUGCUGCCUAUCAGUGCCAUGUAUCAGUGCUGCCUUUCAGUGCCCAUCAGUGAUGCCUGUCAAUGCCCAUCAGUGCCACCUACCAGUGCCUCCCCAUCAGUGCCACCUAUCAGUGUCCAUCACUGCAGCCUCAUUAGCGCACAUCAGUGAA